AUGUCGCUAAAAUCCCCAGCCGAGGCGGAUGUCGAUUCGGCGACGCAGAUAGUUCAGAAACAACCCAAGCGUAAAUGGGUCAGCUACAUUUGGGACACAUUUGACAAGUCACCAGAGGAGCGUCGCUUGCUUUUCAAAUUGGAUUCGGCCAUCCUAACGUUUGCAUCGUUGGGGUAUUUUAUCAAGUAUCUGGAUCAAAUCAAUAUCAACAAUGCAUUUGUCUCUGGAAUGAAGGAAGACUUGGGCAUGUACGGCAAUGAACUUAACUACAUGCAGACAUGUUGGACUAUCGGCUACGUUAUUGGAGAAAUUCCUAGCAAUAUACUCCUCACUCGUAUCAAGCCGCGAUAUUGGAUUCCAGCUAUGGAGCUUCUCUGGACAGUUCUCACAAUGUCCUUGUCCCGGUGUAACACGCCUACUCAGUUCUAUGUUCUUAGAUUCUUCGUUGGCCUCGCUGAAAGUACUUUCUAUCCGGGAAUGCAAUAUAUCAUCGGUUCUUGGUACCGGAAAGACGAGUUGGCAAAACGAUCGUGCAUUUUCCACACGAGCAGCGGAAUUGCCAGUAUGUUUUCUGGUUAUCUGAUGGACGCGGUUUACCACCUAGGAGGACAAGGAGGCUUCAAGGGCUGGCAAUGGCUGUUUAUUAUCGAUGGGGUCAUUUCCCUGCCCGUGGCCAUUAGUGGAUUCUUUAUCCUUCCCGAUGAGGUCAAUCUCGCCCAAACGCGAAUGAAAUUAGAAGGGAGACAGAACAGAAAGCCAUACACAAAGUCAAAGCUGAAGAAAAUCUUCACCUCGUGGCACAUCUACCUUCUGACCUUGCUUUACAUAUGUUUCAACAAUGGUGCUGCUGGAAGUCAGCCUAUCUUCCAACAGUUCCUCAAAAACUCAAAAGAUCCUGUAUAUUCAAUCAGCCAGAUCAAUUCGAUACCAACCACCACCCCAGCGGUUCAGGUCGUGACAACCCUCGCUUACGCAUGGAUCUCGGAUACUAUCCUGGACGGCAGCCGUUGGCCCCCAGUCAUCUUCGGUGCUUGCGUCAACAUCAUAAGUUACGUCUCGCUCGCAGUUUGGGAUAUUCCGAUAGGAUGGAAAUGGACUUGUUACAUUAUCAGCGGGGCUGGAUAUGGACUGAGUGGUCUGUUAAUGGCAUGGGCGCAUGAGAUAUGCUCUGAAGAUAACGAGGAGCGGUCCUUGGUCAUCGGAAGCAUGAACGAAAUGGCUUAUGUGUUCCAAGCCUGGCUGCCUCUUGUUGUAUGGCAGCAGGUCGAUGGGCCAGAAUACCGAAAGGGCUUCAUUACUGUCACCGUUCUGUCUGUUAUUUUGAUUAUCGGUACUUUCGUUGUUCGAUUCCUUCACAAAAGAGAGAAACUGCGAAAAGGGAAUCAGACAUACAAGGCCGAGAUGGAAGAAAGUUCCUCGGAUUCUCAAGAAACGACCACUACUGAGACAAAGCCUGUCAAGGCUUGA